GCUCUUUAAGGCCUGCCGAGGAACAACGUAAACGAGAACUAGGCGGCGUCGAAUGAGGUGGCAAGGAUUCUGGCUUGUCAGGGCGUGCUUCCCCGCAUAGUACAAACACUGGCGGCUCGCGAGUGUAACGCCAGAUGGGGCCCCUUUCCCCAUAAUACAUCUCCCAUAUCAUUCUUUCCUCUCCUGCAACCUUUGAGACAACAUUACCUUGUUUUCGUCUUAUAGGGUUCGCGUGAACAAGUCAGCAUCAUGAGCGAGACUAUUCGACGGGUUCAUGGCUACGACCGUGAUGCGUACACGUACUAUCCGGUCAUCAUCGUGGGAGCGGGAGCGUCCGGCAUCGCAAUGGCCUGUCAGUUGAAGGAGCAACUUGGCUUCGAUCAGUUCAGAAUAUUCGAACGGCAGGCAGGCAUUGGCGGGACUUGGUGGAUCAACCGAUAUCCUGGAGUGGCGUGUGAUGUCCCCGCUGCCUUCUACAGCUUCAGCUUCAAGCAGAACCCCAACUGGACCACGUUUUACCCGCCAGGUCGCGAAAUCGUACGCUACUACCACGAAGUCUGCGAGUCGUACAAAAUCACAGAUAAAUUUGAGCUGAACACGGACGUUGAACAAUGCACCUGGCUUGAAGAUGAGAAAGUAUGGGAGGUCCGGCUUAGGCGAUUGAUGGCGGGCAUGGGAGAUCUGAGUAAUAAAGACCGCGCGAAGAUCGUGAAAGAGAAGGGAGAGGCAGCUGUCUAUACUGAGACGGAGAUUGUGAGAGCAAAGAUCGUGGUUUCUUGUGUCGGUGGACUGGUCGAGCCCAAAGGCUUCCCAGAUGAGAUCCCUGGCAUCGAAAAAUUUAAGGGUCCGGUUUUCCACUCUGCACGAUGGGACGAAAGCGUCGAUUUCAACGACAAAAAUGUUGUGGUCGUGGGCACGGGGUGUAGCUCGGCGCAAUUGGUCCCCCGGUUACCCAAUGCACCAUUCAACGCCAGAUCAGUGACCCAGCUCAUGCGGACGCCUCCAUGGGUCGUUCCAUCUUCAAUCCCUCCGGGUGGCGAUGAGUGGUGGGAAAAGAACUCAACAAAGCUGCUCAAGUCUGUCCCCGGUCUCCUGGGCGCCCUCCGGUUGUUUGUUGCUGGUGCUGCGGAAGUCCAAUUCCAGCAGCUGUUCCUCAACACCAAAUCCUCGCAGAAGUAUCGGAAAGACUACGAAGAGAAGAUGUUGAAGCGCAUGAAGAAAAUCGUUCCGGAGAAGUACCAUGAGAUCUUAACCCCAGAUUAUGGCGUUGGAUGCAAGCGAAGGAUCUUCGACAAGAGAUGGUACCAAGGCCUGAACGACCCCAAGAUUGAGCUCACGACUCAGCCUCUCUCGCGCGUCAACGAAAGCAGCGUCGUCAUUGGGCCUGGCGUUGCUUACCCCAAGGACGCAAAGAGCGAUCUUCCCGAGAGAGAGGUUCCUGCGGAUAUCAUUGUUCUAGCUAACGGAUUCGAUGUCGGGAAAUGGCUCCAUCCACUGCGCGUAGCCGGAAAAGGCGGCAAGGACCUCGUCGAGACCAUGGAGGAGCGUGGUGGGCCGCAAGCCUAUCUCGGCACUGCUAUGGACGGUUUCCCGAAUUUUUUCAUGAUCUUUGGACCAAACACCGCGACGGGACAUUCAUCGGUGGUUAUGGCGUCAGAAAACAUGGUGAUGCAUUCACUCAACUUCAUCAAGCCGAUACUUCGAGGCGAUGUGGCUGCAGUCGAGGUGAAGCGCGAGGCCGAGGCUGCCUUUACAAAAGAGAUCCAGGCUGCACUGAAGAACACUGUAUUCAUGUCCGGCGGCUGCGUGUCUUGGUAUUUCACAGAGAAUGGCUGGAAUUCGACUGUGUAUCCAUACUCUCAGAUCGACUUCUGGCGGCGAUGCCGCUUCCCGAAGUGGAACGACUGGAGCCUCACGUACACCAAGCAAGGCAUCAACCGCAAACGCAGGGAGCAGUUGGUGCGCGUUCUGGCUUUGGCAGCUAUUGUGGUGGGCGCAUAUCGCGCGCGCGAAAAUGGGGUUGACCUGACGGAUGUGAAGCACCUGAUCCUGCAAGUGCUACAGGGUUCGUUUGCAAGGCUGUCACAUGUGUGGGAGAUUCUGAGAGGCCAGGUGCAAGCUGUGUUGAAGAAGUAGUGUGUUGUCUAGGGGCAUGAUAAUGCAUACC